CGAAGCCGAGCGGCGGCACUCCGGCAGCGGCGUGUCCCGCAGCCCACAGCGCGAACAUGGUCGGCGCUCCGUGCGCUCGCAGGCUGGCGCGGCGCUCUCGCUCCGCCCUGGCCGCGGCGCUCACCGUGCUGCUGCUGCUGCAGACGCUCGUUGUAUGGAACUUCAGCAGCCUGGACCCGGGGGAGGACGGCGGGGACGGUGGUGACGGCGUGCCAGCGGACGGGAAAGGUGCCCUGCGCUCCGGCGGGUACCUUAAAAGCGGGCUCACGAAGCAGUACCGCCGACUCGGGAAGCGAUCCGCUCGGCAUGAGCAGCAGCCGGUUGGGUACCGACCUCAUCGGCCCAAGGAGAAGGUGCGGGUGGACAGCAACAAUGAGAACUCGGUGCCCAAAGACUUUGAGAGCAUUGAUCACAGUAACUUGGAAGGCCGCUCCCAGCCCCAGCGACAGACCCCCGGCAAAGAGAGGUUGAGGGUCGCCCAGGAGGGUCGUUUGGUGAGCCUGAGCAAGAGCUCCAAUGAAGCCCUGCAGGAAGGUGUUGUGGUUCAGCAGGGAUGGAACCACUCUCACACACAAGGUGGGCCCUGGGACUCCCGGCCCCAUCAGCAGCACGCAUACCCCCUCAGCCGGGAAGCCUUCACCGAUGUCCCCAAGGUCCGCUACGAUCACUCCCCUAAGUGUGAGAUCAGCGGCAAGGAGGCCAUCUCAGCCCUGUCUCGUGCCAAGACCAAAGCAUGCCGCCAGCAGAUCGCUGAGGUGUACUGCCGACACAAAGAGCACCAGCUCAUGCCUGAGCGGGUGACUCGAUAUUGCCCCCUAGAGGGCAAGGCCACCAUGAAUGCCCAGUGGGACGAGGACCCCGUCGAGGCUGCCCCAACCGUGCCCGUCCGCAUCGCCUUCGUACUGGUGAUCCAUGGCCGGGCUUCCCGUCAGCUGCAGCGCCUCUUUAAGGCCAUCUACCACUCCUCCCAUUACUACUACAUCCACGUGGACCAGCGCUCCAACUACCUGCAUAGACAGGUGGUGGCGCUGGUGAGCCAAUAUCCCAAUGUACGGGUCACGCCCUGGCGCAUGUCCACCAUCUGGGGUGGAGCCAGCCUGCUCACCAUGUACCUGCGCAGCAUGAAGGAUCUCCUGACCAUGAAGGAUUGGGCCUGGGACUUCUUCAUCAACCUCAGCGCCGCUGAUUAUCCAAUCAGAACCAAUGACCAGCUGGUGGCGUUCCUCUCCAAAUACCGAGACAUGAACUUCAUCAAAUCUCACGGGAGAGACAAUGCACGGUUCAUCCGCAAGCAGGGCCUGGACCGCCUAUUCUAUGAGUGCGAUACCCACAUGUGGAGGCUGGGCGAUCGCAAGAUCCCAGAGGGCAUCUCCGUGGACGGGGGCUCCGACUGGUUCCUGCUCAACCGCGCCUUCGUGGAGUACGUGGUCAACUCGCAGGAUGACCUGGUCGCCAGCAUGAAGCGGUUCUAUGCCUACACACUGCUGCCCGCAGAGUCAUUCUUCCACACAGUCCUGGAGAACAGCCUAUACUGCGAGAGCAUGGUGGACAACAAUCUGCGUGUCACCAACUGGAACCGGCGUCUGGGCUGCAAGUGCCAGUACAAGCACAUCGUAGACUGGUGCGGCUGCUCGCCCAACGACUUCAAGCCAGCCGACUUCCACCGCUUCCAGCAAACCACCAGGCCGACUUUCUUUGCCCGCAAGUUUGAGGCCAGCGUCAACCAGGAGGUCAUCAACCAGCUGGACGCCUUCCUGUUCGGGCCCUUGGCCCCCAGCACCCCAGGGCUCCAGGCUUACUGGGAGAACGUGUACGAUGAGCCCGACGGAGUCAGCAGCCUCUCCGACGCCCAGCUGACCUACUACCACGCCUUUGGACGCAUGGGCCUGGCGCAUGCCGGCAGUCUGGCGCAGGGAAAUCCCAGCCCCAUCAGCUGCAGGUACCUCCCCGUGGGACACCCCGUCUCGGUGCACCUCUACUUCAUGUCCGACCAGUUCCAGGGCUACCUGGUGAGGCACCACGCCGCCAACUUGGCCACCAGCAAGGUGGAGGCCCUGGAGACCUGGGUCACGCCCAAGACGGCCUUCAGGUUCUCAGGCCCUCCGGGAAGCUUCUCUCGACUGCAGUUUAUAGAGAUCGGCACAGACUGGGAUGCCAAAGAGCGGAUCUUCCGGAACUUCGGCAACCUGAUGGGCCCCUUGGACGAGCCGGUGGGGAUGCAGCAGUGGGCCAAGGGGCCGAACGUGACGGUGACCGUGGUGUGGGUGGACCCCACCAACGUCAUCGCCGCCACCUACGACGUGCUGAUCGACGGCGCCGCUGACUUCACGCACUACAAGCCGCCGCUGAACCUGCCGCUCAGGCCCGGCGUCUGGACCGUACGCGUGCUGCACCAGUGGGCCGCCGUGGCCGAGACCCGCUUCCUGAUCGUCCCGCUGGCCUACAGCGACCGUCAGCCCAUCCGCCGAGACGACGCCCUGAGGCUCCACAACGGUCCUGCUAAGAACAGUUACAUGGAGCAGAGCUUCCAUGGCCUGAACCCCAUCCUCAACAUCCCCGUGCACCUGGGCCAGGUGGAAGCGGCCGAGCGCAACGCCGGACUGACAGGCCCUGCCCUGGAGCGCUGGGUGGACGGCCUGGUGGCUGAGGGCUGGGCCCCCAUGAGCGUGUGCGCGGUGGGCCCUGGGGCCUGCCCCGGCCUGCAGGCCUGUGCCAAGACCAAAUGGAGCUCACUCAGUCCUGACCCCAAGUCUCAGCUGGGGCUCCCCAGAGCCGAUGGCCGCAUCAGGUAGCGCCCCCUGCUGGACUGGAGGCUCUGCGGUUGGAUUUCUAUGCUGUUAUUUAUUUGUGACAAUUUUAUUACAUAUUUCAGGUUGUUAAAAGGAAACACUUUGAGCAUUCCUCCCCCCAGCCUCGUACCAGUUAUAAUUAACGAGGUUCUGCAUUUUGUUGACUAAGAAAACUCCCGUUAAUUCUGGCGAGUCUGAUUUAGCUCCCCGCCCCGAGUCUGUUUAUUUUGAAUUUAAUUUAGUGAAUUUACCGUGACUGGAUCUCCAUUUUUCCUUAUGGUCGCCACGGAAACGGAACACCGCCCCAACUUUGCCUCUUUACUGAAAGGACGGGGGGGGGGGGGGGGUCGUCCAGACAUCCAUUGGCUGUGGCAGGGUGGGGGCGGAGCCUGUCCGUCACGUUGGCGAAUUAACUCUCUUGUGUUCUCUUUUUCCUGCUUCAGAGCUAAAACGUGUGCAGACAGUAAGGAACCAAAUGGUGGCUAUUUAUUUGUACAUUUUAUUAAUACUGAAAUCUUUAGUCAGUGACUAAUGACCAUAUGCUGCUUUGCAGCUGAGUGACGGCUUUCUGUCAGCUUGCUGCCUUUAUUUACAAAGGCCUCUCACCCCCAAUCUCUGCCUGCAGCCCGUGUGCAAGCAGAGUGCAGUUUCUCUCUGUUUUUUCCUGUCCUUUAAGAAUCGCUCUGGCUUUUCUGGCUAGGGCCCACUUACAUGCAGGCCACUUGGCAGGGUGGGCGGGGCCGUGGGAGGGGCUACAUUUUGGUUACUUAGCCUUGUAGCUUGGCAUUGAUUGAAAACAGGAAGUGGGCGCAGUUUGGACUCGUCAGUGCUACCGUCAGAAUCAGAGAGUGUCCAAUACACCCCCACACACACUAAAUCCCCAGCUUAGCACUGGAAAUGCAUAAAUAAGCCGACUGGUGAGGUAAGAUGAGCUGAAGCUCCUGUUGCCUUCUGGGAAAUUUGGCUUCAGAGAGAGCAGAAGAAAAAACAUUUUAGACCCAGGAGAUGGAUGGAUCCUCUCCACGCUGAAUGUAGGCGAAAGACGCUGCUUGUUAUUAUAUUUAAAACAUCGUCAGGAACAAGGUUGCAAAGCACUGAGUUUCCAUUACAGCCGAACUGGAGUCAAGCCAUUUGCUGUGAACGAUUGACUUAGCAGGUAGAAAUCAGAGAUCAGGCUCCGAAGCAGACGGUGGGUGGGUGUCCCUGCUGUUCGCUGUCAAUCAUUGCCGUUUCAACCAAUGGGAUGCGGGUGACGGUGACUGACAGGCUUCGAUGUUUCCACCUGCUUUGGUUUCUGAAGGACAGUGGGCCUUGUCCACCUCCCUAUGUAGGAAGGUAUAUCAACCCCCAACCUUACAGUCUCCCUUCUGUUUCAUUUUACCCAAUUGUACAUAUGCUCUCUCCAUUGCACUUUUGAAGUCCAUCCAUUUGGAAGCUGCGCCGCCCUGUUGGUGACACGUGGAACGACAGGGGUGGAUUUUGUUCAUGAUUCGCCUGGAGCUCACAUUCCUGGACAGGGCACAGGAGGCUCUAGUCCCUGUUGUUGCUGCAUAGAUUUCUGGAAACUUCCAGCAAAAAAACAGGUCCUUUAAAAGACCAGAUAUAUAUAUGAAAAUGUUCAUGUUGCGUGUAAUUACCUGCGUGUCUGUACUCCUGGUGCGUACUUGUACUACCUACAACACUCGCUACCCCUGCCUGGUAAAAGUACCACCCUUUGAUCCUCCAGGUUAAUCCACCCCAGGCAGAUAGUUACCUGAUAACAGCAAACUGCAUAAACUAAAAAUCUCCUUGCCAGACGUCGGUCAGACGAGUCUAGCCUUAACAAUUGACUGCUGCUGGUGGUUGUGAGUGGGAGGAGUCUGUGGGGAGGGUGGGGCCUGGAAGGGGUGGGGCGUGGCUUGAUAAUGGUGGAAAUUUCAGCCAGAUUCACUGGAUAAGACAGGUGGUGUUGAUGUCUUCAGGGACACGUUUAUGAGGCAAACAACCUUACACCACUGAAACGAUCGCUUAAGCAAACAGAUAGCAUUUCUUAUUAACAUCAACCAUAAAUGUAUGUUCAACGAUAAAUCCAGUUAUGACACUCUGAUCUAUAUGGUAUAACUAUUUUGGUAUAAAUCAUAAAAAAACUGUACAUAGAUAUUUUGUGAAGGAAGGAUGUCUUACGGUUACUGUAAAUAGGUCAGAUGUUCAAACAAAAGGGAAUUUUAAAGGAAAUGUUCUUAUGGGCUUCUUGACUGGCUGAUUCUAUUAGGAAUGAAGAUCUUUGCCUUUAAGAGUGUUUUGGCAGACUGUUGCUCACCUUUGAGAUGUUUUCUCUGAAUCUCUCCUUCCCUGAUGCAGGGUCUCUGUGCCUUACCCUUUGUCCUCUCUGAGAAACUCCUCUCCACAAACAGCCAACACACUUUUUAUUUAUGAUUUUUUGUUUUGUUUUUGUUUUGAAUUCUAAUAUACCAAAAAGAUUUUUGGCACUUGUAAAUGCAACAAUGCCUUCUGUCAUUUUGGUUUCUUUUACUUUGACUGCUGAAUUUUAAAAUAAAUUUUUUUU